GUACGUGUGUACUUCUUUUCUUUUUCUAAUUCAGUCUCUUCACAGAAACUAUGGAGACCGCCGGAGAAACGGCGCAAGCUCCGUCUCCGUCUCCGGAGAAACAGUGGGGGGAGAAAGUAUCAGAAGCAGUGCUCUCAGUCUACCGCCGUCUACCGAAGAAAGGAAAACCUCAAGGCCGUGAAGUCACUGUUUUGGCUGCUUUUCUUGCAUCUUCACCUUCACAAGAACUGAAAGUGAUUUCGCUGGGAACGGGGACAAAAUGCAUAGGGCGUUCGCGACGGAGUUCGAAAGGCGAUGUUGUGAAUGAUUCUCAUGCUGAAAUGAUCGCAAGAAGAGCUCUACUAAGGUACUUGUAUUCAGAGAUUCAAGAUGUUUACAAUACCCAUGCACAUAGCAAUGGAAGUGUGUUACGUGAUGAUGUGGAAAACUUAAUGUUCCAUUUGGAGAGUGAUGGUUUAGGAACAAAAAAAUUGAAAAUGAAGCACGGGUGGCAGUUACAUUUGUACAUAUCACAAUUACCCUGUGGAGUUGCCUCACCAGGUUCAGAGCUUGCUUUAUUGCAUGAUAGUCCUGCAAAGAAUGGGGACAUGAUGUGCUUAUCUAUGCAACUUAGUUAUUCAAAAGGGGAGUCGUCGGGAUAUACUGCUAUGAAUGAUGGUUGUUUACCCAUACCCUUUGGCACAGUCAUGCGAAAACCUGGUCGUGGAGAUACAACUUUGUCAGUCAGCUGCUCUGAUAAAAUUGCCCGCUGGAACGUGGUUGGUGUACAAGGAGCUCUACUUUCUUAUUUCUUGGAGCCAAUUUAUAUUUUUUCUGUGACCAUUGGACAAUCCCAUUUAGCUUCUAAACCCUCCAUUAUUGAAGAUGAAGUGAUCAGAGCCAUACACGAGCGUGUCUUACCAUUGUCCAACAAGUUAAUGGAUCCAUUUCAAGUGAACAAGCCACUUGUCUUUGUUGCGCCAAUUCCAUCCGAGGAGUUUCAACAUUCUGAAACUGCUUUGACCACUUUAACAUGUGGGUACUCCAUAUGCUGGAACAACUCUGGAUUGCAUGAAGUCAUUCUUGGAACCACUGGCAGGAAGCAGGGCACUUCUGCAAAGGGCGCUAUGUCUCCUUCCACUGAGUCUUCUCUAUGCAAGAAGCGCUUUUUGGAAUCCUUCUUAUCACUAUCACAUAAUUGCUUAGGUGAACAUGCUUCUGUCAGGAACUCUUAUCGAGAACUAAAGGCUAAGUCGCAAGAAUAUAAUUUAGCUUCAGAAACCUUUAAAGGCUGUUCAAAUUUCAAGAACUGGUUUCUGAAACCUCAAGAUUUUGAGGCCUUCUCAUUCAUGGCUCCGUGAGGCGAGUUGCUGCUUUAGAUAGAUUGCAUAACUGAAAAAUGACUAUAAUAUUGGCAUUAUGUGAAUUACGCAAGUUUAUUGCAAGUGAUUCAGAAGAUAUCGAGUCUUGCUGGGACAAUGGUGGAUCUGUGAAUGUAUUCGACAGUUAAAAGUGCUUAACAUGGUCCAUGGGUGACAUGAUUUUGCUUCAGAGGCUGAUAAUUUGAGCCUUUUCUGGGCUAACUCCAUUGAAUUGACAGGGGAAUUGCUGAAAUCAUCUGAUUCAUGUUUUUGUUUUGUUGAAGUGUCUAUUAGUUUUGUGUCUUUUAGUGAGAAUGAAGCUAAGUAAUUAGGAUGUCUCAGACUAAUACUUAUAAAAAAAUUUAUACUACUCAAUACUCUUCUUGGAGGAAGACAUAACAUUAUAUUGUGUUAGAACUUCACAAUGGCAUUCUCAAGAUAUUCAUGGCCAUUUAGGAAAAGUAGAUGAUUAAAAGAACUUUAGUAGAGCUAGGUAAUAUUUUAAAACCAUCCCUAUUUGCCUCUUUUUAACUCUUUUGAGAGUAGUUUAUUGGGUUCAUGAACUGUAAUUUGUGGGAGCUUUUUGCUUAUGAAUGAAGGAUUAGUUUGUAAUAUCAGCUCAUUAAAAGGGUAGUUU